AUGGGCUUCUCUACCUCAUGCCGGAAUAUCAAGUUGCGCGAUAUCCCAAACAACGGGAAAGGCCUGCAUAUCACGAACCUUUGUGCGGAAUGCAAGGAUGAGAACGAUGAGUGGCGUUACCGGGAGAUCACUCUCGAUUGGUAUAUUGGGGUAGAUCCCGACUCGGGACGACUCGCGUUGGAGGAGUCACUACUUGAGCGGGUGAUGGACUCGAAGACUAUGACUAGCCACGUACACGAAAUGAAGCUUGUCGCUGGCGGGGCCGUCUUGCUCUGUACCAUGGACGCCAGUCAUUAUUCCCGCGAGAAUACGCUAGCAUUGGACCUUAUUUUCCAUAACGACAAGGGGGAUCUGGUGCAUCAAAUGCCGCCUUUGAAUGUUCGGUCGCGCCUGACCCACCUCACACUGGACUCCUCGGCUGUUCUCCGGGGAUUCGCCUUGACCCGCUUCAGGAGCCUGGUCCCCACCUCCCUCGAGCUGGAUAAGCAUCUCGGAAGCAACAGUGACGGCCACCUUGUGCGAGAGAAAAAUGGCAAUAUCAGCCAGAACGUGGUCAAAGGUAGUAUGUAUCUCGACAAUGACUGGACAUUCUGUUGUCGGCUACUGGAUCAUCACGGCUACGGCCAUCUGAUCGACUGCUGGCAGCUGAUGGACCAGUGGGUAAGUAUUACCCGAGAUGGUGAACUGAUCAUGGAUGAUCCUGCCGGUACCUGGAGUCUGCGGGGGCCUUUCUUCCGUUUGCUAGAGGAAAUCCCUGUCGUUGGAUUCUUUGUGGCCGGACUUGACAAGUUAGAAGGAGAUGAGGAUGAGGCAAUUCGCGCGGCAGCGGUAUGUACCUACUCCACUAUCUGUCUGGCUGCCACCGUUGUGGGAGGUGCUCUGUUGGGCCCCGUUGGGGCAGCGGUUGCAACGGCGGUCGCUGGAUAUGCUGGGAUGUAUGCGGAGAAAGCUAUUGGAGAAAAUAUUACCGAUCCAGCGAUGCGGAAUGAGGUGACAGCUAUCACUAUCUAUCGCGUUCUGGUGGCGGAGCUGACUAUACUUGCCGGGGUGGGGUUGGGUGAGCUCUCUGGCGCGUUCAGCGAACUGGUAGCCGAGGAACUGGAGGCGGAAGGAUUCGGAAAGCUCGCAACAGGAAUGGGGAAGAUGCUCAGUAAGAAGGGGCUGAAGCGCCUCUCCAAAUAUGAGAUGAAGACUAUCACGAAUAAUCUUUUCGAUGCUAUCACAAACGGCAAGUCCGAAGACGAGCUCAGGCAGUCUUUUGGUAAUCUGGACGAGCCGGUCUCAGAUUCUGAAGAGGAAUCUGUGCCGCCACCGAAACCAGAGCCACCGAUCGACGAAGACACCAACCAGGAAACUGGUCCGAAAGGUAGCGUAUCCCCCCGAGACCCGGUGUACGACCCCGCCAAUGAUCCUGACCUUCACCCUCAUGACCUACCUGGCUGGGACGAAAGCGGAGGCGGCACCGGAUGGGACAGAGAGAAACGAAGGAAGCAGAAAAGGAGCCACGACCUCGGGGAUCUACUGAAAUCAACCGCUGCUAGUCCCAAGGUGGUGACCCAGCUGGUGACCCAGCUGGUGACCCAGCUGGUGACCCAGCUGGCGACCAUGAACCUGAGCCCCAGCAGUGCCAGCCACCUCUUAUCCCUGAACGGAGGCUCACUCUGGCUGCUCAACUCUUCCAGACAAGAGUUCUUGUUCCGUCUGGAUAUGACACAAAUUCUGGCAGGGGCCGACUGUUCAGCUCAGGGCGCCGGGAAUGCCAACAUCAACUUCUACUCGGACGACACCUUGUGUUUGCAUAUCUCCUUCCGGCCGUCGACACAGACUCUACAUAUUUCGCAGUGGUUUAGCGGCGGAUGGCGCAACGCGUGGUGGGCCCCUUUCUCGGACGUCUUCGCCAAUAUGGAACAGGGAAAGGACGGCUGGCUGCGCGUCUGGAAACAGACGGCGGUGAAGUAUGAAUUCGAGACCUUCAAUCUGGAUGAUCAGAGUGCGCUUGUGCACGGUGCAUCAUGGGUUGUAUACGGAGCCGUAUCGACAGCUCAAACGGUGAAGUUUGCUGGAUCCCCACAGCUGCUGGGCUCUGAAUUGGAAAUUCCUGCAGCACUAGAAGCACGCACAAGAAUUGUCGGCGGCACAACAUUCUCUUUUGACGCAGUAUCCCCAUUGACAUCCGCAGCCGGCUUUGCGCAGCAGCCGGCCCUGGGAUAUUGCCGGACCAUGAGAGUCCGCACACCGCGAAUUUAA